ACGCUGACAUGGCCAGCUCCAAGCACUCACCUCCUGCUCCUGCGGCGGCUGCGGCUCAGCUGACCAUCUGGAAUAAAUCACUGCUCUUCAACGGCCACGGCUACACAGUUUAUGAUAAUUCAAGUGGCAGGCUAAUUUUCCGUGUUGAAAAUUAUGCUUGUGAUAGAAGGGAAGAAAUGUUCCUCAUGGAUGCUGCCGGAAAUGUUUUGUUUACUCUCCGACGAACCGGAAAGAAACUCAGCAUGUUGGAGAGGUGGGAAGCGUUCAAAGGGGAUUAUAAAGAAGCUGCAAAGCAUCAAAAACCACUCAUUAGGGCUAAGAAAUUAUUUGGCAUUCCUUGCUGCAAAGUAUCAAUGGCAGCUGGUGCUGAGUAUGAAAUUAGAUGGUCGCGCCAACAAGGAUGGUCUAAGAUAUACUCCCCUGCUGGUGGUGGUGGUGGUGGUGCUGCACUGCCGAUCGCUGAGGUUUGCAGGAAGUGUUGUAUGGAGGCGCCGGCGCUUUUAUUGGGAAAAGAUGUUUUUACGUUGAUUGUGCAGCCUGAGGUGGAUCAAGCAACAGUAAUGGCAAUGCUUAUGAUCAAUGAUGCAAUGAGCCAAAAAAAUCUCUUACAUCAUAUUUGGUUUGCAAAAUGGAAUGAAAUGGUAAAGGAAUGGAAUGAAAAUUUAAAUAAAAAAUAUGACAAGUGAUAAAUUAGAUUUCAUUCCUUUUACUUUUAUUUCAUUUUUACAUAUCAAAUAUAAUAGUAAGCAUGAGAAAAUCAAGUGAUAAAUUUCGAUUCCAUUCCUCCCAUUUUUAUUUCAUUCUUAUGUACUAAAUGUAUAGUUAAUACCUUAUCAUAAUGCUUCAGAAUUUCCAUAACAUAGUUUAAAGCAGCUGUAUAACUUUUUCUCUUUUUUUUUUUAUUUAUAAAUACGACAUGAUAAUGCCUAGAACCCUUUCAAUCUACGUUUCCACUUAAAUACUAAUAUCUUAUCACAAUCGAAAAAUUGCAGCCCAAAGCUCUAAAAUCCUUCAGUCUCUCGAGGCGGCAUCAAACCUGGGACAAUGUGACUGACCCAUGGUUCCCUCCUAACAUAUAAUUAAUUGGCAUUAAAUUUGUUACUAGCAAUGAGCAUCUCUAAACAGUAAUUCUUCUUCUGUACACUGGCGGUCAGCCAUCAGUAAUUCUCCCUGCUAAACCCAAGCUGCCCUCAGAUGCAGGAGUUUUAAGUUGACAAAGCUUAUCAGCAAAUCAGAGCUUCUGUGGAUGCGCCGGCAUUUAAUUUUCCUGCAUUUGGGAAAAAAGGCUCGAGCUGCUUAAAUUUACUCCAGGAAGAGAAAUGGAGAUACCUUUACCGCACGAGUGUACAAAAAGCAAAUGCCUCGGUUUAUUUGAUCUAUGUACGUGAAGCACCAUCUCAAGGCAGCUUAGUGCCGUAGUCAAGUUGUUCUUUAUUAUUUUCAGGUUACUUUCCACCACCUAGCUACCCAAAGAAAAUUAUCAACCAUAUAUACUCCCCCUGACUUUUACGCACAAAAAAUGAGAUAGAGAUCUCAAUCGGUGUAUGCUUUUCAAUCAUGAAUUUCAAAGGACCAAUAAUAUUCAUACAGAAUCAUUGGGAGAAGGUAUCAAUUAGUGUAGUGCACAGAGAGAGAGAGAGAGAGAGAAGCAUACAUUGUCAUCUAGAGAAUAACAAAGACAUUGUAAGAAACUAUUAAUAUGUUUAUGACAUUCAGAAUGUCUACCAGUAAUUCAGAAA